AUGGCCGACAGCCGCUCGUCGAUACCAGCACCACAAUGGAUACAGAGAGCGAACCUGUUGGCGAUUGCGAUCCUCUCCCGUGGAAAGUGUGGUCUCUCCAAAUGUGUUACUCUCUACCUGGUGGGAAUGGCAGUGGCGGAUCUCCUGGUUGUUAUCUCGCAACCGCUGCUGACGUGGACUGCUUGGAUUUAUUUUCCCCGAUCAUUCCUGUUCAUCACUCCUGUGUGCAGACUCGGUGGAUGGUUAAUUUUUGCGAGCACUGCGACCUCAGUCUGGCUGACUGUCGCUUUCACCGUCGAUCGAUUUGUGGCUAUUUGCUGUGAGAAGCUGAAAACAAAAUAUUGCACCGAGAGAACGGCCGCUGUGGUUAUCGGGACAGUGAGUGUGCUGGCCUGUUUGGAGAGUGUCCCCUGGGGCUUUGUAUACCAGCCUUUGGUAAUAGUUGAUGGUGUUCCCUGGUAUUGUGCUCAUACGCCGAGCUACAAAAACUCUCCCUCAUGGGCGGCAUUUGAGAUAUUGCACCGCAUUUUCAUUCCUUGUGUCCCAUUCUUUCUGAUCUUGCUGUUCAAUAUUCUGACUGUCAGACGGAUUCUAGCGGCCAGUCGAGCCCGCCGGGGGCUCCGGGGACAAAAGAGCGGAGAGAAUGACAAGGACCGGGAGAUGGAGAACCGACGCAAAUCUAUCGUUUUGCUCUUCAGCAUAACCUGUAGUUUCAUAUUGUUGUGGGUAACACUGGUGGUAUUUUAUAUCUACAGACGGAUUUCAAAUAGUUUUGUUUUUUACUCUGUCACGGAUCCGCGUUUCAUCACAGAAGAGAUAUCAGGAAUGCUGCAGAUUCUCAGUUCCUGCACUAACACGUGUAUUUAUGCCCUGACUCAGAGCAAAUUCCGAGAGGUACUCAUGAAUGCGGUGAAAUACCCACUGAACCAGAUUGCGAAACUCAUUAAACGUUAG